GUACUGGGACCCUGGUCCUCGUGCCGACCCGUUUGAGGACAUGCGGUACAUCUGGGGUGGGUUCUCGUACCUGCAGGACGUCAUCGAGCACGGCAUCAUCAGAGCUCUGACGGGCACCAAGGAGAAGACCGGCGUCUACAUCCAGCAGAUGCCUUACCCCUGCUACGUCGACGACAUCUUCCUGCGUGUGAUGAGCCGCUCGAUGCCGCUCUUCAUGACUCUGGCGUGGAUGUACUCGGUGGCGAUCAUCCUGAAGAGCGUGGUGUACGAGAAGGAGGCGCGUCUGAAGGAGACCAUGAGGAUCAUGGGACUGAACAACGCCAUCCUGUGGUUCAGCUGGUUCAUCAGCAGCCUGGUUCCUCUGCUGGCCAGCGCCGGACUGCUGGUGCUGCUGCUGAAGAAGGGGAACCUGCUGCCCUACAGCGACCCCGGCGUGGUCUUCCUCUUCUUGGGGUCGUUCGCCGUGGUAACCAUCAUGCAGUGCUUCCUCCUCAGCACGGCAUUCGCCCGCGCUAACCUGGCGGCCGCCUGCGGAGGGAUCAUCUACUUCACUCUCUACCUGCCCUACGUGCUCUGCGUGGCCUGGCAGGACUACAUCGGCUUCGGGGCCAAAGUCUUCGCUAGCCUCCUGUCCCCCGUGGCAUUUGGGUUCGGCUGUGAGUACUUCGCCCUGUUCGAGGAGCAGGGAGUCGGCAUCCAGUGGAAGAACUUGGUGUCGAGUCCUCUGGAGGAGGACGACUUCAGCCUGCGUACUGCCAUCGUCAUGAUGUACCUGGACUCGUUCCUGUACGGAGUCCUCACCUGGUACAUCGAGGCCGUGUUUCCAGGUCAGUACGGGAUCCCUCGUCCCUGGUAUUUCCCCUUCACCAAGUCCUACUGGUUCGAAGAGAAAGACAGGAAGUCCAACAAAGUGCCUCUGAGUCGGAAGGGAAACCCCGAAGCCGUGUGUAUCGAGGAGGAGCCGACUCACCUGGAGCCCGGCGUCUACAUCGAGAACCUGGUGAAGGUUUAUCGUCACGGGAAGAAGCUGGCGGUGGACGGACUGACGCUCGGCUUCUACGAGGGACAAAUCACCUCCUUCCUGGGACACAACGGAGCCGGAAAAACCACCACCAUGUCCAUCCUCACCGGCCUGUUCCCGCCGACCUCCGGCACCGCCUACAUCCUGGGCAGAGACAUCAGGACGGAGCUAGGCGCCAUCAGACAGAGUCUGGGAGUCUGUCCCCAGCACAACGUCCUCUUCAGCAUGCUGACGGUCGAGGAGCACAUCUGGUUCUACGGGCGGCUCAAAGGUCUGUCGGAGCAGCAGGUGAAAGGCGAGAUCGAGCAGAUCCUGCAGGACACCGGGCUUCCGCACAAACGCAACUCCAGGACCAGUGCGCUGUCCGGAGGCAUGCAGAGGAAGCUGUCUGUGGCGCUGGCGUUCGUCGGGGGGUCAAAGGUCGUGAUUCUGGACGAGCCCACGGCGGGCGUGGACCCCUACGCCCGCAGAGGGAUCUGGGAUCUGUUGCUGAAGUACCGACAGGGACGGACCAUCAUCCUGUCCACGCACCACAUGGACGAGGCGGACAUCCUGGGAGACCGCAUCGCCAUCAUCUCCCACGGGAAGCUGUGCUGCGUAGGCUCGUCCCUAUACCUGAAGAACCAGCUGGGGACAGGCUACUACCUGACCCUGGUCAAGAAAGAACCGGAGCCGUCCCUCAGCUCCUGCAGAAACUCGUCCAGCACCGUGUCCUUCACCAAGAAGGAGGAGGAGUGCGCCUCGGUGAGCAGCAGUGACGCCGGACUCGGCAGCGAUCAUGAAAGUGAGGCGGCGACCAUCGAGAACGGCCCCGCCGCGUCCAUCUGCAACGUCCCCUUCGUGCCCCCUGACGUGUCCCUGGUGUCGAGUCUGAUCCUGUGUCACGUUCCCGCCGCCCGCCUGGUGGAGGAUUUGGGACACGAGCUGACCUACGUCCUGCCGUACAGCGCCGCCAAGGACGGCACCUUCGUGGAGCUGUUCAAAGACCUGGACCUGAAGCUGCCCGACCUCGGCAUCUCCAGCUACGGAGUGUCCGACACCACGCUGGAGGAGAUUUUCCUGAAAGUGGCAGAAGAUAACGGAGUCGACACUGAAGUGCCCUCAGACGGUACACUUCCUGUGCGGCGGCGGAGGAGGACGCACGCCUUCGGAGGAGGAGAAACUCAGAGCUGCCUGAGACCGUUGACAGAGGACGACCACAACGACUGCAAUGAGUCCGACGGAGAUCCGGGUACGAAAAACACCUCCUACUCUUUAAAGGGAAAGUGUGUGUCAGAUUAGUGCACGACAGGACUCCUUAUUUACAAAAAAUACAGAAUCUAACUGUGUCCGCU